AUGGCAAAAGGGUUGUUAAAUUCUAUUCAUCUGAGAUUGCUGAAGAAAAAGAAGAGAAGUGGAAGGUUGCAAUCUGUGAUACAGGUGAACUCGAAAAUGUUUCUUCUCCAGUUUGAAGAUGAGGAGGGUAAACUAAAGGCGUUGAGUGAUGGUCCUAUGUUUUUUGAUAGAAGACCUCUAGUUCUGAAGGAAUGGCAGAGGAGAAUGAAAUUUGAGAUGGAGAUGAUCAAGUUUGCAGUGUGGAUUCAUUUUCCUAAACUUCCAUGGGAGUUUUGGAAUGCUACCAUGUUAGGUAGAUCGGCAAGCUUGUGUGGAAGACCUAUGUACACAGAUCAAUGUACGCAUGAUCAAUCUAGACUAGCUUAUGCUAGAGUUCUCGUAGAAAUGGAUGCUUUUGGGGAAUUUCCUCAAGAAGUAACUAUGGAGGAUGAGGAAGGAGAGCAGUUCAUUCAGAGUAUAGUCUAUGAGUGGAGACCUCCAGCCUGUGCUGAGUGUAAAACUAUAGGUCACAAUACUGCUGAAUGUAAAUUGAAGAAAGUUGUUCAGAAGAAAUGGGUUAAAAAAGAUAGUGGAGUGGAGAAUAUUAUGCAUGGGAAAGAGGGGGUAGCUGCAGUGGCAAAAGAAGCUGAGGUUAUUUUAGUUAACCAGUUCAGUGUACUGGAAGAGGUAACAAUUGAGGAAACUAAAAAACCUGAUGAUUCUGAGAAGAGUGAAGGUCAGAACAAUCAUACUAAGAAAGCUUCUGUGGUGAACAAAUUAAAAGGUAGAAUUGGUAGUGUUGUGCAAAGCCAGAGUGGAAGUAUUGGCAAAAUUAUUGAGAUAGGUGGAGGUUCCAAAAUUAGAAUAAUUGGUGAUAAGAGGGUUAAGAGAGUCAACAUAACCCCUGAAAGGGGCAAAUGA